AAAGUUUUACUGAAACAAAGUUCGCUGCUCUUCUGUGUGCGGCAUCAGUAACUGCAGCCGUCCCAGUUGAAUUAACGGAGCCCAAAAUCGCCCAUGCACCGGAUUCACAGACUUUAUCAUGCUACAUCAUUUGUCUCGGACUGAUGACCACUGCAGAUCUCUGGCUUAAUAAAUGCAGAAGCGUUCUUUUGUGUGAUGGGUCCAAACUACCGAUGCAUAAGGCUGAGGCAGAAGUUACUAUUCAAACUAUCACCAUUUAAAUGGACUGUAGAUUUACCAGGAGUGAGCUGUCUUCUCCUCUGUGCAGUUUGACAUGAUGGUACAGCUGGACUGCAGCAUUAAAGUUUUGGGACCAGCAAGUUUCUCUCUCUGCUUUGUGAUAACAGCUGGGCUUCUGUCCAUGUUCGAGAGCACAACAGCUAGCGGAUAUAAUCAAGACACAGAUAGUUCUCCUAAUGGAUUUCCUAACUACGAAGUUGUUCAUCCUAUCAGAGUAGAUUCAUCGGGACAUUUUUUGUCCAAUCAUGUGUCCCACCGUGUGAGUCGAAUUCAAAGGAGAGAGACAUCAAAAAACAAAGAGAGCCUGGCCAAGGUUUUUUACCAUCUGCAGUAUGGUGGUCAAGACCUGCACUUUAACCUCACCCUAAACCCUCAUCUACUAGCGCCUGGAUUCCUCACAGAGUUGAGAUACGGUGGUCUGCAAGGGUCUACAUUAAAUAGCCAUGGCCACUCUCUCUGCUACUUCCUGGGAGAUGUCUGGAGCAGUACAUUGAAGUGGGGUCAAGCAGCUCUGAGCACUUGCAAUGGCCUGACAGGGCUGUUCAAGCUCUCAGAAGAGGAAUUCUUCAUUAGUCCGCUGGAGUCAGCACAAGAAAAGUCAGACCCACAGGCUCAUGCAGUCUAUAAGCGACAUGCUGUCCAAUCAGAACACCAGCUGGUGCAGCCUCUGUUUGGAGAGCACACAGCUAACGCGACCUGUGGGGUCAGAGAUCCUUUAGAAGGGGCAAAGCAGGUGGAAAGGCAAAGAGAGCGCUGGGAGAGACGGCAACAUCGCAGACGGAUUAGACAGCGCUCCAUAAGUACUGAGAAGUGGGUAGAGACUCUGGUAGUGGCUGACCCUAAAAUGGUGGAAUACCAUGGGAGCAAAGGAGUUGUGAGCUAUGUGCUCUCUGUCAUGAAUAUUGUGGCAGGGUUAUUUCGGGAUGCCAGCAUUGGAAAUGCCAUCAACAUCGCUGUCGUGCGUCUCAUUCUGCUGGAAAAGGACGAGGAGGAUUUGAAAAUUACGCAUCAUGCAGACAACAGCCUGAACAGCUUCUGUAAGUGGCAGAAAGGCAUCAAUAUGAAGGACGAUGAUCAUCCAGUCCAUCAUGAUGUGGCUGUCCUCAUUACUAGAAGAGACAUUUGUGCCGCCAUCAAUAAGCCUUGUGAGACAUUGGGACUGUCUCAUGUGGCUGGAAUGUGCCAACCUCACCGCAGCUGCAGCAUCAAUGAAGACACAGGCCUGACCCUGGCAUUUACAAUCGCACAUGAGCUCGGCCACAACUUUGGGAUUCAGCAUGAUGGGAACGGCAAUGACUGUGAGCCUAUUGGGAAAAGACCUUUCAUCAUGUCUCCACAGCUCCUGUAUGGAACCUCUCCACCCAACUGGUCACGCUGCAGCCGUGAAUACAUCACCCGUUUCCUCGAUCGAGGCUGGGGCUGGUGUUUGGAUGACCCUCCUGUCAGAAAUGAUCUUGAGAUGCACUCUGCUCCCCCUGGCGUCCUGUACAGCGCUGCUCAUCAGUGCAAGCUCCAGUAUGGAUCCAGCUCACUGCUCUGUGACGAUGUAGAUAAUAUCUGCAGCACCCUGUGGUGCACAGUGGGCUCAACCUGCCACUCGAGGCUGGAUGGUGUUGUGGAUGGGACCAAGUGCGGUGAGGGCAAGUGGUGUUUUGACGGGGAGUGUGUGGAGAUGGGCUUCCAACCUAAAAGCGUGAAUGGUGGCUGGGAUUCAUGGAGCGAGUGGUCCAGGUGCACCAGGACAUGCGGUGUAGGCGUUCAGAAUGCCCAGAGGGAGUGUGUCAACCCUGUAAUGCUGGACACUGUCAUAGACGGAACACAGUGCUAUGAAGGCAGUCAGAGCCGUGACAUAUGCAUUAACGGCAUUUGUAAGUACUUAGGCUGUGAUUAUGAGAUUGACUCAGAUGCUGUUGAGGAUCAGUGUGGAGUGUGCCAUGGAAAUGGAUCUACGUGCAAAACAGUGAGGAAGACCUUUGAGGACAGUGAAGGGCUCGGCUAUGUAGACAUAGGUCUAAUUCCGGAAGGAGCACGGGACAUCCGUAUCGAGGAAGUCGCAGAGUCUGGGAACUACUUGGCAUUGCGCAGUAAUGACCCUGAAAAAUAUUUCCUGAACGGUGACUGGACGAUCCAGUGGAAUGGCGAGUAUAAAGCAGCAGGAACAGUAUUUACUUACGAAAGGACCGGGCAGCUGGAAAACAUAUCUUCCCCCGGACCGACUAUGGAGCCAGUGUGGAUCCAGCUGCUUUUUCAAGAGACCAAUCCAGGGGUGUGGUAUGAGUACACCAUAAGCAGAGGCAUUCUUGUCGACUCCAACAAUGGCAGUGCUGUCUCUUAUUUCCAGUGGAUUUAUGGGGCUUGGACUGAAUGCAGCGCCACAUGUGGAACUGCUGAGACAAAGGGCCCUCCCCUAAUGGGCCAUCACUGUGACUGUGAGGCAGAUCCUGUUCAAAUGUUGAAACAAGUCAACCAUAACUGA